AACAAACCUCCAUUCAUAAUUACUCACGCGCACUCACGCACUCAUGCUCUAAGCUUCUAAGCAACAGCUCCAUCCAAGAGACGCAACAAAGAAAAACCAGAGAAACUCCGGCACCCGAACCCGAGAAACCGGAUUCAGCUACGGAGAGAGGAAGAAGAAGAUGAGAACCAGUAACCACCUGAUAGGCCUCGUAAACUUCUUAACCUUCUUGCUCUCGAUACCGAUCCUCGGCGGUGGCAUAUGGCUGAGCAGCCGAGCGAACAACACCGACUGUCUCAAGUUCCUUCAAUGGCCGCUCAUCGUUAUCGGCGUAGCCAUCAUGGUCGUCUCACUCGCGGGCUUCGCCGGCGCGUGUUAUCGGAACACUUUCCUCAUGUGGCUCUACCUCUUCGUCAUGUUCUUCGUCAUCGCCGCGCUCAUCGGGUUCAUCAUCUUCGCGUAUGCGGUGACAGAUAAAGGGUCGGGUCGACCCGUGAUGAACCGGGCGUACUUGGAGUACCGCUUGGAUGACUAUUCGGGUUGGUUGAAGGACAGAGUGGCGGAUGAGAGUUAUUGGGGGAAGAUCAGCUCCUGUAUUAGGGAUUCUAGAGUUUGUGCGAAGAUGGGAAGGAGCUUUAAUGGCGUUCCCGAGACUGCUGACAUGUUCUUCAUGAGAAGGCUCAGUCCUAUUGAGUCCGGUUGCUGCAAGCCACCAACGGAUUGCGGCUUCACCUACGUGAACGAGACAGUCUGGACUGCCGGAGGCGGGCCGGUAGGGACCAACGUAGACUGCAGCCGAUGGGGAAAUGAGCAAGAGCUACUAUGUUACCAGUGCGACUCCUGCAAAGCCGGUGUACUAGGUAGCCUGAAGAAGAGUUGGAGGAAGGUUUCAGUCAUCAACAUCGUAGUGUUGAUAAUCUUGGUGAUCUUUUACGUGGUCGGAUGCGCUGCAUUCAGGAACAAUCGCAGGAUCGACAAUGACGAAUCCUAUGGUAUGGCUAGAAUGACAAAGGCUCAACCUAGUCAUUUCCAGCUCUAACCAAUACACGAACUGGAGAAGCUAUAUAUAUAUAUGCAAUAUGAAUGUUUAGAGAUUGGGAAGCGCUUUUGGUUGGGGAAGAUUUUCAGUUUGAAGGUUUUGGCAUUCCAUUUUCAGGGCUGGUUUCUGUUUCAGACAUGGAUACGGUUUUGAAUUUUCCCAGAAAGGGUGGGUGUACAUGUUGGUGUCUUGAUAAUCUAUUUUCUGCUUGUCUAGCUUUGUAUUCUCAUGGGUGAAUAUCAUCAAAGAAAAUAUUUUCUCUUCUGGAAAAAGUUGAAGUCGUUUGGCAAAA